AUGGCGAACGCAACCGUCGCGGCCCACGGGCUGCCGCCUCUGCCGGCCUUCGAGGUCCGCCCGAUGCCGGACCUGCUGCCCUUCAUUUCAGACUUCUGGCUCUCGCUCGUGCUCCCGCACAUCGCCUAUUGGGCCGUGUCUAUGUUCUUCCACUUCAUCGACAUCUACGACCUCUUCCCGCAAUACCGCCUCCACACCCCCGAAGAGAUCACCCAGCGCAACCUCGUGUCGCGCUUCGACGUCGCCCGUGAUGUCUUUCUCGAGCAGAUCAUCCAAAUUGCCACUUCGGCCUUCCUGUCUCUUACCGAGGCCCGCCAGAUGACGGGCAUGCAAGACUACGACAUUGCCGUCUGGGCCACGCGCAUCCGCCUUGCCCAGCGCGCCUUGCCCGGCUUCCUCGGCCUGCUCGGCCUCAAUGCUGCCGCCAUCUCCCAGAACAUGGCUUCUGAGCACCCCCUGCUCGCCGGCGCCCUGGCUGGCGGCCACUACCCGUUCCUUACUACGGAGCUCGAAGGCGUCACCGGAACCCACGUGCCGGCUUUCGCGGCCUGGGAGAUGUUGGUCGCCAAGGCCCUUUACUGGCUGCUGAUACCCACCAUUCAGGUCUGCGUCGCUGUCUGCUUCCUCGACACAUGGCAGUACUUUGUCCAUCGCGCCAUGCAUGUCAACAAGUGGAUGUACACAAAAUGGCACGCCAGGCACCACCGGCUCUACGUUCCUUAUGCGUACGGCGCGCUUUACAACCACCCAGUCGAGGCCUUCGUUAUGGACACGUUGGGCGCGGGGCUCGCCUACAAGGUCUCCAUGAUGACUCCCAGGUUCGGCAUGUGGUUCUUCGUAUUCAGCAUGAUCAAGACUGUCGAUGAUCACUGCGGCUAUGUCCUCCCGUGGGACCCGCUGCAGCAUGUCUCGAGCAACAACGCGGCGUACCACGACAUCCACCAUCAGAGCUGGGGCAUCAAGUCCAACUUCUCCCAGCCCUACCUCACCUUCUGGGAUAGGAUCCUCGGGACAAUGUGGAAGGGCGACACCAAGCUAAAGUACGCGCGCACGAGAGAGGCGGCGGCGUCCAAGGCCCCCAAGAAGCAGCAGUGA